AUGGGAUUGUUUGAUCUGAUUCCUGAGGAGAUACCGGACGGCAGCUUUGCCAUGAUUGAAGACUUCAAGACAGACAGCCACGACAAGAAAGUGAACUUGAGCCCUGGGAUCUACCGUGAUGAGAAUGCAAAGACUUGGGUUCUUCCUUCCGUGAAGCAGGCUAGAGUAGCUCGAGUCGAUCAAACCUUUGAUCAUGAUAUAUCUCCACAACUGGGAUACCCUAGCUUGGUCUCUACCGCACAACAAAUUACCUUCAGGGACACGCUAAGUACCCGUGUUAUCACUUCCAUGCAGACGAUCGCUGGAACUGGUGCGAAUCAUUUCAUCGCGCAAUUUCUGUCCGAAACUAUUCAGCCCAAGACAGUUUGGCUGUCUGCUCCCUCCUGGGAGAAUCAUCCAAAGAUCUGGGGUCAUGUGAGUUCUGCCAUCAAGCAGCGUACCUAUCCUUAUUACGACUAUCAGACAUCGACACUAGACAUUGAAGGCAUGAUCUCUACCUUGAGAAUGGAUGGCUCCAAUGGGGACGUUAUUGUCCUUCAAGCUUGUGCACAUAAUCCGACAGGCCUAGACCCAUCAAGAGAAUCGUGGGAAAGAAUUGGUCAAAUUUGCGAAGAAAAGGGAAUCUUCCCGAUAUUUGAUUCCGCCUAUCAAGGCUUUGCAACAGGAGAUCCUUAUAAUGACGCAUGGCCAAUUCGUCACUUUGCGACACGCUCAAAUGGAACAAUGGAAUUUGCCGUGGCACAGUCGUUUUCCAAGAACUUCGGCCUCUAUGGAGAAAGAAUUGGUGCUCUUCACAUUGUUACUCGCAAUGAAGAAAGUGCCGGCAAAGUGGAAGCUGUACUCAAGAAAAUCUCGCGAGCUGAAAUCACUUCUACGCCGAGCUUUGGUGCCAAAAUUGUCGCGACCAUCUUCCAUAAACCGGAACUGAAAGAGCAAUGGUACAAGGAUCUGAAGACCAUGAGCGGCCGUUUGGGCGAUAUGCGCAAGCGACUGCAUGAUGGACUCAUCCAGAGAAACACACCUGGAAACUGGGGUCAUCUUCUGACAGACGUCGGCAUGUUCUCCAUGAUGGGGUUGUCUCAAAAACAAGUUGCUGCCUUGAGGGAGAAUUUCCAUGUCUACCUUCUUCCCACCGGUCGGCUUUCAUUCACAGGAUUGACCCACAAGAAUGUAGAGUAUGUUGCUGAUUCUAUUCAUCACGUUAUUACACUUUGA